AUGGGUUUUGCCAGAGCCAACCAUGAACCUCAACCCCAUCCCUGCAACAUGACCGAUCGUGAGCGUGAGCGUGAGCGGGAUCGAACUCGCGACAGAGAAAGAAAACGAAGACGGGACAAGGACGACCGUGACCGUGACCGCGACCGCGACCGUGAACGAGAGAAGGACGACCGUGACCGUGAUCGUGACCGAGAGAAGGACGACCGUGAACGAGACCGUGACAGAGGGCGUAGCAAGAGAUCUCGUUCGCGUUCGCCUGACCGAGGGCGCUCCCGCCACGCGCGCUCGUCUUCACCCAGCGAGCGCUCCCACCGGCGGCGCCACCAUCGGACGCCAUCCCCCGAACAGUCUCGGAAGCGCCACCGUAGAGAAUCAGCGGAGGAGGAGCACAAGGAGACGAAGAAAGCGGUGUCGGACUUCGUGGACGGUAUCGCUAAGGAGCAGCAGCAGAAGCAGAAGGAUAACGGAGGAGAAGCUGAGGGGAACGAGGACGAGUUGGAGAUGAUGAAGAUGCUAGGGAUUCCCGUCGGAUUUGAUUCCACCAAGGGGAAACCAGUUCCCGGUGCUGACGUCAGCGGCGUCAGAGCCGUCACCAAGCGACAGCCGCGCCAGUACAUGAACCGUCGCGGCGGUUUCAAUCGCCCAUUGCCUGCUGAGAAGAAUCGCUAG